CAUCCUCGCUCUCUCUCCAUCCCUCUGUAGGUGAAGAAUGCGAUGCUUCAUGGGGCGAGCGGUAUAAUCAUGUUCUCGGACCCUGCAGAUUACUGCGCCCCAGGAGUUCAGCCAUACCCCGCCGGGUGGAACCUUCCAGGUGGAGGGGCACAGAGGGGUAAUGUCCUCAACCUGAAUGGGGCAGGAGACCCCCUCACGCCAGGGUACCCUGCUAAAGAAUACACUUACAGGUAYAACCUGGAGGAAGGGGUGGGGCUUCCUAAAAUUCCAGUGCAUCCUAUUGGCUAUCAUGAUGCCAUCCAACUACUAAAGAAUAUGGGAGGAGACAUCCCACCCAAUAACUGGAAGGGAGCGUUAAACGUGUCCUAUCGGAUUGGACCGGGCUUCACUGACGGCUUCAGUACACAGUAAGACACCAUACA